AUGAAGUUUUUGUGGCUACUACUGCUAGUAAAGGACAUAUUGUGUCUCUACACACAUACGAGCUUAUUAAAGGGUUUGACAGAUAAUAACUUAUUGGCUGUGCAACAUCUUCAAGAAUAUAUUCGGAUUGAUUCAAGCAAAACGGAGAAUUAUGAUUCAGUGGUAGAAUUUUGGCAACGAUUGGCAGAUGAGAUAAACCUACCGUUGACAGUUAAUCGCCCAGCAGGUUUUCCUGUCUGUAUACUUACAUGGAUUGGAGCCAAGCCCGACCUGCCUAGUAUCAUGCUGAACACACACUCUGACGUUGUUCCUGCCUACGAUAAUUUAUGGAAGUACCCACCGUUUGCGGCAGUUAUUGAUGACAACGGAGACUUGUAUGGGCGCGGGGCCCAAGACACAAAAUCCCUAGCAAUUCAACAUUUUGAGGCGAUCAAAGAGCUGAAAAACAAUAAUAUCACUUUACAGAGGACUAUUCAUCUUACGGUUUUGCCAGAUGAAGAAAAUGGAGGCUUUCGUGGUAUUAAGGCGUUCAUAAAAAGUGAUGAUUUUAAAAGACUUAACGUCGGUUUUGUGCUUGAUGAAGGUCUGACGUCACCUGACAACACUUAUCUUGCUACGUACUUGGACAGACGACCUUGGCAAAUAAAUAUGACAUUUUAUGGGCAAGGGGGACAUGGCUCGCAAAUUGCGGACAAAGGUGUUAUUGAGAAGCUUGAUUACAUAUUGAAUUAUACUUUACAAUAUCAAAAGGAGCAAAAAGAAGUAAUGGCGAGAGGCAAUAAUGCAAGGUUGGGACGAUUCACUACUAUGAAUGUCAAUAUUGUUAAGACAGGAAUAGCAACAAACGUUCUACCGAGCCUUGUAAAUGUGGUCAUUGAUAUGAGACUGGCUUCCGACGUUAACAUCUCUGAUAUACAACAAAUGAUUGACACGUGGCAAAAUGUGACGGGUCCAGGAACAACUGUGGAGUACCUCCGUCGUGAUGAAGUGUCGCCUGCAACGAGUCUAGCCGACAACUGUUAUUGGAAUGCUAUGCUGGAGGCUGCCACGGAGAUGAAUAUUACCAUAAAACCGGUGGUGUUGACUGCCACUUCAGACAUGGUGGUCGUAAGAAAACUUGGGAUCCCGGCGAUUGGUUUUAAUCCUAGCAUAAACACGAUUUUACGUAUACAUAAUAACGAUGAAUAUGUCAACAUUGAAACAUUCAUACAAGGCAUUCAAGUUGUCAAAAAUAUUGUUAUGAAAUUGAGCAAUGUACCAGGAUAA